AGCUCGGAAACUAUUAAUAUUCGAAUCUAGUCUCGGUUGUCGAACCUAUAUAUCGUUAUAGUCGUGAUCUCAACAAACAUGAGUUUAUCGUGGGGAAUUAUGCGGCCACGGGACGAUCAUUGCUCGUCGUCGACCGCGGAAAAUUCGUUGGUGCAAGACAUCCAGUCGCUGGACUUGUCGUCGUUGAAAAGCCCACCAGUGCAGCAGGAUUUCCACUUUAACUAUAACAAUUCCAUCGAGAUAUUGAACGACGAUUGUUUGCUGGACGUCAUGUACAGGCUGCCUAUCCAGGAUAGAAUGAGAUUUUUACAAGUAUCUCGUAGAUGGAAUAGACUGAUCCAAGAAUCGUUCAAACGAGUGACGCCGCAUCAAGUGCAGCGCUUCAUCGAGGAUACCUGCCACCACACGAACAUCGCCGUCAAGGAGAUAGUCAGGAUAGUGCUGUUGUGCAUCAAGAGAAUACGUCGCGUGGUCGUGAACGUUCAUUACGGCAAACAUCGUCAAAAUUCCCGGGUACUGGAUGUAUUGCGAUCGUUGAAAUUGGAAGGAAGACCGUCGAGAGGUCAGUAAACUCUCUCGGCUCGAAAAUAAAAACGUUCUCUGUGUAUUCCUAUAUACGCUACGAUGACACGACAGUUCUAGGAAGAACUAAUUCCCGCCACUGUGUAAUGCGUUUUUUUCAGACGACACGCGUGAAAUGUAAAUAGUGAAAAGUGUACUAUAGACCCCAGUGGAGAUCCGCGAGGAAUAUGUAAUUUUACGUGUAAGUCCAAAUUUAGUCCAAUUACCAUCAAUUUUCUCAGUCAUUAUUGUAUUUUUUCAUUAAGGACGCGCUAGUACACACGUGAGCGACUCCGAUUCGACUAUAAUAUAACCUACCGCUAUAUCAUUAAGAUAUUAUGUUGUCGCGUAGAAGAGGCUGUCGAUGCGUCGAGGCAUGACGCGGGACCGAUAACGAUAGUGCAUGAGUUGGCAUGGGCGGUGUCCCUACCACACUAGAUUUACGUUUUAUAUGCAGCUGCCGCGAAUUCGAGUCGCUCUGCGGUGGUUACG